AUGCCGUCGAGCGGGACAGGGACGAUGGAGCGCAUGGGGUACGUGCGCCCCGAGGGCGGCGCCAUUGACUAUGGUAGCAUCCAGCCCCUGGAGCGCACCCGGAAGGACCCGACGGAUGGCACCAGUGUGCCCACGGACAACAUCAAGCGCGUGUCGGGCGAGAACAGCGCGUCGGGGCUCCCGUACCUGAGCCCCGGGCCAGGAAACGGCGGGCAUGGGAAGUCGCGGGCGUCCAAGCACAAGGGUGCGCGCAGCGGGGGGUCCGACGCGGAGCUGCGCGGCGAGGUCAGCGACCUCACGCGAAAGGCGAUGGAGGAGCUGCACGCGGAGGACAGCGCCGCGAGCGCGGGCGUGAAGGCCGCCAAAGGCGAAAAGAGCAAGUCUGGGCGUUCGCCGGCGCGGCGGGCGCUCGACGAGCCGUCGCCGCUGCUCGACGCGUACGAGAACAGGAUGUUCCUCCCGGCGCUGCCGGAGCAGUGGCAGCGCGACGCCGGGCAGAGCCCGAAGAAGCAGGACCAGGUGCUGGAGCAUCGCAUGAAGACCAUGACACGAGAACUGCUGGCGCUGCAGAGCCGCGCCGAGCAGGUCAUGGCGCAGAAGGACGCGGAAAUCCUCCGACUCAGGUUCAAGUCCGACGGGCAGCAGGACGUCAUCGACCGCCUCACGAAGGAGAACAAGCAGAUGCAGAGGGAGCUCGGGUCGGCCCAGGCGGACCACGCGCGCGUGGAGGCGGAAAGAGCGCGCAAGCUCACGGCCGCGAAUCUGCGCGUGGCGUCCCUGGAGGCGAAGCUCGCGAACCAGGAGGAGCUCUUCGACCGGCAGGACCAGGGCGCGACCGAGCAGCUCGACGCCCUGCGGCGGGAGCGCCAGGUGCUUGCGUCCGCACUAGCCACGGUCGCGCAGGCGUGCAUGGGCGGCGAGGGCGCGGACCCCGCGGCGGUCGGGCGCGACGCCGAGGAAGCCAUGCGCGCCGGCGACGACCCGCUGCCCCGGAAGCCUCAGGCGUGGCUCAAGUUCGACUACACGGCAGACGAGGCGGUGGCGGGCGGCGGGUCCCCGAAGCGGCGCGCGCUGCCUCUCAUGGGCGACGGAAUGCGCGCGAUCUCGUCGCUCGUCGCCGCGGUGGAGCGGCUGCACGUCGGGCGCGAGGAGGCCCGCAGCGGCGAGCGCGACGCGCUGGACCAGAUGUGCGUCCUCGCUGACGUCAUCACGCGGGUGGAGGAGGAGUAUGAGUCCGUGAAGGACGCCCUGACGCGACUGGAGGAGGUUGUCGGGGGCUGCGCGAGGGACCGCGCGUACCAGGGGCUCGCGGCGGUGCCGGCGCCCGCGGGGUCGUCCGUCGCGGACCGGCUGGAGGCGGUGCGGGGGGUGUCGAAGCGGAUGGCGGGGGAGUUGGGGGAGUUGGACGAGAGGGUCAAGGAGCACGGGGCGCGCGUGAUGGAGCUGGAAUUCUACGGGAAGCUGCAGGGGCGGAUCGUGGAGGAGGCGAAGAACCGGACGCGGGCGUAG